CGCAUGCGUAUGAUAUCUUGGGACAGCGCCAAUUAAAGAGAAGUUCGAUCUCAUGCAUGGCAUUUUACUUGUCUAAGCGAGGUUGAUUGAAUGAGAAUGUAACAAAUUAUAUUUUUGCGAUGAGAUCAUACAGAAAACAUAACCAAAACCAUCAAUUAGAAAAUCCAAAUCCGAUUGUACAUUUUCAAUUUGUUAUUAUUAAGUGUAAUUGUUUUAUCAAUUGCAUUAUUAAACAAUAAAGCAAAAUUAUCUUGAGAUCAAAACAACAACCAUGUCUUUUAGUGAGUAAACUGACAAGAUGAUAAAUGUCAACACGUGGACUUUGUAUGAUGUGCUUUGUGAUUAUAAAAAAUUCAAUCAAAAUAGUUAGGAUUAUUACACCUGAUAGUUCAGAAUAUCGUUAUUUUCCCAUCACAAAAUCUCGUCUUAGGCUAUGUGUACAAGCUGCUCAUGAUGCAAGAAUUUCCUUGCGUACCCAUUUGGGUGGAGAUUCAAAUGUAUAUGAAAUUAUUAUUGGAGGAUGGGGAAACACAAUGUCAGCAAUAAAAAGAAAUAACCAAGAACAAGAUGUGGCAGAAGCAGAAACACAAAACAUAUUAGGUGCUCAUCAUAUGUGCAAUAUUUGGAUUCAAUGGUUUUGUGAUGGAACAGUAAAUGUUGGUCAUUUAAAUGGUGAAGUUUUUUUAUCGUAUAAAGAUAGAAAUCCAUUUGUUAUAAAUUAUAUAGGGGUAAGCACUGCUUGGGGUGCAACUGGUGAAUUUUUGAUAGAAGAAUCACCAUGUACAUCCAUUGUUGUCAGACAACAAUUGAUAGAAACUUCUCAUUUUUGGGUAGAUUAUAAUGAAUCAUCUGGUAUUCCUCAAAAUGCUGUAAUGGCCUCAGAAGAUGGUUUAUACAUAGGUCGUACUCAUCACAGAGAUUCACUCACACCUGGUGGUAUUAGGAAUAAUGUGUGUACAAUUGCAUGGGGUGGAGCUUCUCAUGAUAAAAAAGAUUUUCAAAUAUUAUGUGGUAGAGAUGUAAAUUGGGUAAAAUCAUGGGAAGGCAGUAUUCCUUUAUAUGCUCUUCCUGCUGGUGAAUCCGAAGACGAUUAUGCCCUUUUUAUAGGCAGAGUUUUACAUGAAGGGGUAUAUCAUAUAGGAAAGAUACAACCAAACCAUCAAGUAUGUUAUAUACCUGUGGACGGACAUGAAGAACCUUACAUUGAUUAUGAAACAUUGGUUAUUUGUGAUUAUUAUGCUGCAGAAUAUAUCGGUAGAUAAGAUAUUUUUCUGCUGAGAAAA